CUUUAUUAAAAAUCCAUUAUAAAGUCUCCUCACAUACCAAAACAAAGAGAGGUUUAUUAAUUGUAUUUGUAUUGAUUUGUAUGUGCCAGUGCCACUGUCCCACUUAAUAGUUUCUUUCUUUGUAUUGAUAUAAUAAUAGUAAAAGACAAUAUUUUUUUCUAGUCUCCAAAGCUGAAUGUGAGGUAUUUGAUUCUAUACACAGUGCAUUCAUUUUCAUUGGAGGAAACUAAAAAGGAAGAAUUUAGCCAAAAAAUGGGAGCUGGUUUCUUAGUACUGCAGAAUCAUCUGCUUCUCUUUUUCAUUACUUUAUUUUGCAUAUUUGCAAGUUUUGAAUUGGCAGCCUCAGCUAAACUUCACAACCAAGAAGUGAUGGUUCUGAAAGAAAUAGGAAGAAAGCUGGGGGAGAAAGAUUGGAACUUUGAGAAAGAUCCAUGUAGUGAAGAAGGAAGCUGGAAUCAAUUAGUUGGUGGGAAAGGUUCAGGGAGAUCAGUGAUCUGCAAUUGCACUUUCAAUAACAAUUCUACUUGCCACAUCGUAAGCAUAGCUUUGAAGGGAAUGAAUUUAUCAGCUCCGGUUCCAGCAGAGUUCGCCAAGUUUCCUCAUCUUAAAUCAUUGGAUUUGAGCCGAAACUUCCUCAAUGGAUCUGUUCCUCGAGCAUGGUCUUCCAUGCGCUUGACUGACCUUUCUUUUAUGGGGAACAGAUUGUCUGGUCCAUUUCCAAAAGUUCUAACCAAUAUUACCACUCUCUUGAACCUGAGCAUUGAGGGAAACCUAUUUUCAGGAUCUAUUCCUCCAGAAAUCGGAAAAUUGGUCCAUCUGCAGAAACUUGUUAUAUCUUCAAAUGGUUUCACUGGAGUGUUGCCAGUAGAAUUGGCCAAGUUGAUCAACCUAACUGAUUUGAGGAUUUGUGACAAUAAUUUCUCAGGCCGGAUACCUGAUUUUAUUGGAAAGUUGACAAAGAUUGAAAAACUACAUAUACAGGGUUCCUCCUUUGAGGGGCCUAUUCCUUCUAGCAUAUCCGCCUUGACAAAACUAACCGAUCUGAGGAUAAGUGACUUGAAACGAAAAGGGUCGCCUUUUCCACCGUUGAUUAAGAUGGAAUCAAUGAAAACACUGACACUGAGGAAUUGCUUAAUUCAUGAUAAGAUCCCUGACUAUAUUGGACAAAUGACAAACUUGAAAAGCCUUGAUCUCAGCUAUAAUGAGUUUACUGGGGAAAUCCCUGCCUCUUUUGCCCAACUGACAAAAAUAGAUUACAUAUAUUUGACAGGGAACAAGCUUACUGGAAGUUUACCAAACUGGGUGCUUUCUAAGAAUGACAAUGUGGAUAUGUCUUCCAACAAUUUCACCUGGCAUAACUCAAGUCCUAAUGAAUGUCCCCGAGGAAGUGUAAACCUUGUAGAAGGCUACUCCUCAUCAGCUAAUAAACUAAAAAUCCAUUCAUGCCUCAAGCAGAAUUUUCCAUGUUCUUCGGGGAAACAUGAUCGUUUUUCUUUGCACAUUAAUUGUGGCGGAAAUGAAGUAACUAUCAAUGGAACGACUUAUGAAGCUGAUAGGGAACAAAGAGGUGCUGCAAUGUAUUACUCAGGCCAGGACUGGGCGUUGAGCAGCACAGGGAACUUCGUCGACAAUGACAUGGAUGACGAUACCUAUAUUUUGACCAACACUACUGCUCUCAACGUCUCAAGGCCCAUUUCUGAGUUAUACACAACAGCACGCGUCUCUCCUCUCUCUGCCACUUACUAUGGACUCUGUCUUAUUAAUGGAAACUACACUGUAAAGCUUCACUUUGCUGAGAUCAUAUUCACUAAUGACAAGUCAUUCAUCAGUCUUGGAAAGCGUAUUUUCGAUGUCUAUAUCCAGGAAAAGUUAGUCCUGAAAGAUUUCAAUAUAGAAAAGGAAGCUGGUGAUGUUGGUAAACCCAUUGUGAAGAAUUUUACAGUAUUUGUCACAAGUAAUACACUAAAGAUUCGGUUUUACUGGGCUGGAAAAGGAACAACUGGAAUCCCAGAGAGAGGGUUUUAUGGUCCUCUAAUUUCAGCCAUUUCAGUAGAUCCUAACUUCAAACCCCCUUCACCCCCUUCAGCUAUAAGUAAAAAGAUUAAUGUCCUGUUAAUUGUGGGGAUAUUGGUUAGCUCUUUAUUUCUUUGCUUGCUAAUCACAGUCAUUCUGAGGAGGAAGGGUUGGCUUGGAGGAAAAGAUUCCACAGACAAAGAAUUCAGAAAUAUGGAUCUGCAAACUGGGAUAUUUACUUUGAGACAGAUAAAGACUGCAACAACAAACUUUGAUCCUGCAAAUAAACUUGGGGAGGGUGGUUUUGGUGCAGUGUACAAGGGUGAAUUAUCAGAUGGCACCAUAAUUGCAGUAAAGCAGCUCUCAUCAAAAUCAAAGCAAGGAAAUCGCGAAUUUGUGAAUGAGAUAGGGAUGAUUUCCGCCCUGCAACAUCAAAAUCUUGUGAAGCUACACGGCUGCUGUGUUGAAGGAAACCAGCUGAUGCUGAUUUAUGAGUAUAUGGAAAACAAUUGUCUAUCCCGAGCACUUUUCGGGAAGGACCCAUCUCAUAGAUUGAAAUUAGACUGGUCUACCAGGAAGAAAAUUUGCAUGGGUAUUGCUAGAGGUUUGGUAUAUCUCCAUGAAGAAUCUACAAUAAAAAUUGUGCAUAGGGACAUCAAGACAAGCAAUGUGUUACUCGACAAGGAUUUCAAUGCUAAAAUUUCUGAUUUCGGCUUGGCAAAGCUCAAUGAAGAUGACAACACCCACAUCAGCACUCGGAUUGCUGGGACUAUCGGUUAUAUGGCUCCAGAGUAUGCAAUGCGUGGCUACUUGACCGACAAAGCUGAUGUUUAUAGCUUUGGAGUUGUGGCAUUGGAGAUAGUCAGUGGAAAGAGCAACUCGAACUAUCGACCAGAUGAUUUCGUUUACCUUCUUGACUGGGCCUAUGUGUUGCAAGAGAGAGGGAAUCUAUUGGAAAUGGUUGAUCCAUCUUUGGGAUCAGAAUUCUCAUCAGAGGAAGCAAUUCUAAUGCUUAAUGUUGCUCUCUUGUGCACCAAUGCCUCCCCAACUCUUCGACCAACAAUGUCACAAGUGGUAAGCAUUCUUGAAGGCCGAACAGCGGUGCAAGAGCUACUGUCUGAUCCCGGGUUUUCUUCCACUAACUCCAAGCAAAGAAGCUCUGGGAAUCAUUUCUGGCAGAACCCAAGCCCUUCCCUAAGCAUGUCAACUUAUGGCCCUUGUAGUGAUAGUUCUAGCUCUUUGUACAUUGAAACUGAAGACAAUAGCCAGCUAUUAAGAAUUGAAACUGGAGAAAACAGCCAGCUAUUAAGUGUUAGUUCUGAAAAGUGUAGCUAGCCUAUUCACACAUUUAUAUAUAAAUAUAUAUAUGUAAGGGAAAAGUAAUCAUUUGUACAUGAUCUAUAUGUAGACUUUAGUUCAUAUUAUAUAGAGAUAUAAUAUAAUGAGGCUUUAUACAAAUCAAUCCUUUUUUUUUUUUUAUAACGUUAUAGUUUUAUUCAGGAACUUAAUAUAAAAGAAAUUUAGGAGAAUAUUACUGCUUUAGAUUGUGAUCUUUUUUUUUUUUGAUAUAGUCCUAUUUUCUUUUUUCUCUUUUCAAUUUAGUUGUACAACCAUAAACAACAAAUCCAAGAAUGACAAAGCAAGCUAAGCAAAAUCGUUAGAAAAAAAUGAGGUUAUCAAUCACCUCUUCCCACCUUUAUAUAAUAUUUACCAAUAAUCCCCACAAGAACAAGUUCCAUUCUUGAAAUGAUGGAAUCUCCUUACAUCCCUUAAAAUGAUUUCCCUGUUAACUAUCUUAGAGAUGACCUUACUUGCAGCAUGGCAGUCAUUACAAACUCUAAGGUUCUUGGUAACUCUAAUGGUAGUUCCAGGAGGAGUAUUCAGAAUCCCGAAAGCUAUCGCUAGUUUCUCACUGUGCCCACAAAGCAAAGUUUCUUUUGCUUCUUCUUCAACAUCAUGAAGCACACAAGAAGUAUCAGGCACAUAUCCUUCCUUUUUCAUCCUAACAGAAAGGGUCUCAAGAAAUUCAUGGAGUUGCUCACUUUGUGGAUGGGAUCCAUCUCCAGCCAAAAACUUAUGCACUUUGUCACCGAAUUCGAUCCAGCUACAGCCAGGUUCUUUUUUCACCCCCAUUUCCUUCAUCAUUCUCCGAAUAUUCAUUGCCUUGUCCCAAAGCCCAGCAGAUGCGUAGAUGUUAGAGAGAAGAACAUAGUGACUAGCUACAUUGGGCUCCAACUGCAAGAGAUUCUCAGCUGCAAUCUCCCCAAUCUCUACAUUCUGAUGAAUUCGACAAGCACCAAGAAGGCUACUCCAAGCACCUGCUUUGUCAAAGUUAGAAGGCAUUGUGUUGAUGAGUUGAAAUGCCUCCUCCACCUUACCAGCUCGGCCAAGCAAAUCUACAACACACGCAUAAUGAUCUGGUAUAGGCUCGACCCCAUAGUCCUCUUUCAUUCUAUGGAACAAUUUCAAUCCUUCAGAAACCAUCCCAGAGUGACUACAUGCUGCAAAAACUGCUAUAAAUGUAACUUCACUAGGCCUCACUUCUUUAUUAUUGACUCUUUCAACCAUCAUGUUGUCAAAUAGUUCCAAGGCUUCUUUAGCUCUCCCAUGCAUUCCGUAGGCCAUAAUGAGUACAUUCCAUGUGAUCACAUUUCGAAUGGGCAUUUCAUUAAAUACAGCACUAGCUACAUUCAAGGAACCACAUUUUGCAUACAUAUCAACUAGUGCACUACCAACUGCCACAUCAGAUGCCAACAAAUGUCUAAUAGCAUAAGCAUGAAUUUCUUUACCCUUAGCAAGUGCUGACAAUGCAGCACAACCAGGAAGGAUUGUCAUGAGCGUUACUGAAUUCGGUUUGAGACGAAUGCCUUUCUCAUCUUUCAGUUCACCAGAGCCUAGUUGCAUCUCAUGUAGCAAAUUAAGUGCUUCAUCAUGAUAUCCACAAAUAACAUAACCAGUAAUCAUAGUGUUCCAAGAUACUAUAUCUCUUUCUUUCAUGCUUUCAAAUAUUUUCUUAGAUAUUUCUAUCUUCCCCAUCCUGGAGUACAUGUCCAUUAACGCGUUUUGCACAUAACGGUCACUUGCAAAACCCAUUUUUACUACAUAGCCAUGGAUACUUUCUUUAUCAGAGAAAUCUUCACAGCGAACACAAGCAGGAACAAUACUUGACAUAGUGGUAGCAUUGGGAGAAAUCCCAGAAACAGCAUACAUUUCAAGAAACAAGCUCAAUGCCUCCUCAUCAUGCUCAUUUUGUGCAUAACCAGUAAUCAUAGCAUUCCAGAGAGCAAUCCUUCGCUCCAAGAUAGAAUCGAAAACUCGUCGACCACUCUCUACUAAUCUACAAUUGCAGUACAUGUCAACUAAAGCACUUCCCACAUAAGAAUUUCUUACCAAAUUAUCAUUGCGCAUUGCAUAAGCAUGAAUUUCCUUCCCCAAGUCUAGCAUCUCAAGAUGAGAGCAGGCAGGAAGAACACUUGCAAUGGUGACACCAUCUAGUUUAAAUCCUGCAAGAACCAUCUUGUGCAAGAACACUAAGGCUUCUACAAACCGGUCAUUUUGUGAUAAUGAACUUAUCAUGGUGUUCCACGAAACCAAAUCACGGUCCUCAAAUAACUGAAAUAAAGCUAUGGAAUCAUCAACUCGUCUAAGCUUAGCAUACAUAGCAAUCAAAGCAUUGAUUGUAAAAGUCUUCCUAUCUCCAUUCCUAAGACUAUAUCCAUGAACUUGCUUACCAAGCCACAAACCACGAUGCUUGUCCAAAUUCGAACAAGCAUGUGCCACGCUCACCAGAGUAAAAGAGCUAGGCACCACGUUUUCUUCCCUUAGCAUAGACCGAAACGCCUCCAAAGCAAGUUCCCACUCUUGAAAACGACAGAAAGCCGCAAUCAUCGAGUUCCAAGAAACUUGGUCUCUUUCAGUGAUUCUCUCAAACACCUUACAUGCAUCGUCAAUAUCACCGCAUUUUCCGUACACGUUGACAAGGGUAUUAGCCACGGCGACCGAAGACGAUUGGUAGCCGAAUUUCACUACGUGGGAAUGAAUCUGCUUCCCCAAAUCCAAGUCGUGAAGAGCCGUAGCAGCCUUUAGAAUUGCGGGGAAAGCGAAAUUGUCCGGUGGAAUACCGGUGCUUGUGAUGUGAAUGUAGGUCGAAAUGGCUUCCCGGAAAAGAUUGGAACGGACCUGAAAUCGCAGUGAUUCGAUCCAUGGUUGGGAAGAGGAAGAGGGUGAGUGAAUUAUGGGUUUAGUAGCGGUGGAGUGGUUUAGUAUACGAGCUCGUUUUGGAGGUGUUUGCGUAGAACUAGAGAUGGGUAGCCAUGGGAGUGGAUAGAGUACGUGAGUAUAACUAUGGCUAUGGGUUGACAUCACAAUUCGGUUUGGAUGUUGUUACU